AUGUUACCAAAUAAAUGUACUGUUCAUGUACUACUUGUCUUCGCGGCCGUUUUGAACGCUUCGGUGAGCGGUAAAUCCUAUCGUGAAUGCAUUGGUUUUGAAAACGAACAGAAGUAUGUUGCGAGCCAGGAAGAUUGCGCCAAAUACAUCUAUUGUGAUGGCAAAAAUUCCUUCGAAGGCGCUUGCCUCGCUGACAACUACUUCAACGAGAAAGAGGGUAAAUGUGACGAACGCGCCUCGGUCGUGUGUAAAGUGGGUCAGCAAUUGUCGGGUGAAGAUAAACCGUACAGCAGUCAACAAGGUUUCGGUUCGGGCGUGGCGAGCACUGACGGUCUGCGUGUGGAUCCCGUCAAUGCCUUCGGUGGACAAUUGAUAAGUCAACAGCAAGCAAAACAAGAGCCACAACCAUUAGAUGGAUUUGGUGGCGGUAUUCUUGGUAGCGAGGCUGUAACUGGUUUGGCGCUAAAUGCCAUCGACGUCGGCAACACCGGCUCGUCUACCGCAAUGGCACAGACGCCAUUGUGUCCGCGGCGCUAUGGCCUAGAAAAUGUUAUGUAUCUACCCAACACCCAGUCUUGUGCCGCAUACUAUGUCUGCUAUAACGGUAUUGCCAUACCAAUGAUUUGUGCGCGGAAUAGUUACUUCAAUCAGGAGACGUCGCAUUGCGAACGAGAAAGCAAUUUAUAUUGUCCGUAUGAUCGGCCGGUGCGUUUGAUAUGCAAUCGUGGCGUUUACGAUUACAUACCGCAUCCGCGUAAUUGCGGCUACUACUACUUCUGCUCGAAUGGCUAUUUGAUGAUCUUCCAGUGCCCCUUCCAGUAUUUGUGGGACUACGAGCGACGCUCGUGCGUACAACGCUCGGAAGCGAAAUGCUUUUCCAGCGACAUUGCGGAAGCGAUGCUCACUUAG